CCCUUUCAACCUCCCGCAGCCCCGUUUUACUUUCUUUAUUCCUCUUUUUACCCCUUUACAUCUCUUUUUUUAUUCCCUUUUAUCUCCCCGUUACCCUUUUAUUCCCUUUUUUUCCCACUUUUACCUGCCUUAACCCCAUUUAACCCCUUAACGUCCCCUUUUACCCCCUUUUUACCCCGUUUUAUUCCUCUUUUUACCCCCUUUACCCAUCUUUUUAUCCCUUUUCAUCUCUUUUCACUGCCUUUUAUCCUUCUCUUCACCUUAUUUAUCUCGCUUUUUAUCUCGUUUUACGCUUUUUUCACCUCCUUUUACCCUAUUUUUCCCACAUUUUUGCCCCAUUUUCCCCCGUUUUCCCUCUCUUUUGCCCCCCCUCCCCGCUCCUGCUCCCCCCCUUUUUGCGAUGCGGCGAUGCCGGUGCCGUGGCCGUUCCCCCCCUCGGAGCCCCCCUUGCGCUGGGUGCUCGCCAGCCGCCUCGUCACCGGGGUGGUGGGCACCUACAGCCACGUAUGGACCAGGUGCCUGAACCGCCUGCGGGUGCACGACGGUGCCGUGCUGCACGCGCUCGUGGAAGGGAGGGGGCCGCGCACCCCCCUGCUCACUAUCGCCAACCACCAGAGCUGCAUGGAUGACCCCCACCUCUGGGGUUCUCUGAAGCUGCGCCACAUGUGGAGCCUGGAGAAGAUGCGGUGGACCCCCACGGCCGCCGACAUCUGCUUCACCCGCCCGCUGCACGCCCGAUUCUUCAGCCUGGGGCGCUGCGUCCCAGUUUGCCGCGGGGCCGGCGUUUACCAGCGUGGCAUGGAUUUCAUCCUGGAGAAGCUCGACCAGGGGGAGUGGGUGCACGUCUUCCCCGAGGGGAAGGUGAUGCUGAGCCAGGAGAGCGGGCGCUUCAAGUGGGGCAUCGGGCGGCUCUUGGCCGAGUGCAGCCUCGACCCCAUCGUCCUUCCGAUCUGGCACGGGGGGUUGAACGAGGUGUUGCCCAACAGCCGCCCCUAUGUCCCGCGAGUGGGGCAGCGCAUCACGGUGGUUGUGGGGCGGCCGUUCAGCGUCCGAGUGCUGCGGGAGCGUCUCCGCGCCGAGGGGGCGCCCGCGAUGGAGACACGGAAGGCACUGACGGAUUUUGUGCAGCGAGAGUUCGAGGCACUGCGGAGCCGUGCCCGCGUCCUGCACUCUGCCCCAUAGCGUGUGGGGCACCCCAUAGCGUGUGAGACAACCCAUAGCACAGACAACCCCCCCCCCCCCCUUUGUCCCACGGACACCCCUGCCCCAUAGCGUGUGGGGUACCCCAUAGCGUGUGGGGUGCCCCAUAGCAUGGAAACCCCUGCCCUAUAGCGUGUGGGGCACCCCAUAACGUGCAGACACCCCUGCCCGAUAGUGUGUGGGGUGCCCCAUAGCAUGGACACCCCUGCCCCAUAGCGCCAAUAAAAGUGGUGGAGCCUCA